UGAGACGCUUAGAGAUAUCGCAGUCCAUGAGAUGGGGCAUCGAUGCCCUCGUCUACGUCUUGUGACCAGACCCGCCCUUGCGUUUGAUCUUGCGAUCUUCUGGCAUCGUAUCGCAUCUAAACCCGCAGUGCCCCUGCAACAGGGCACAGCCGCUGCAAAUGCAACCGCCAUGGGUCCUGCAUCCAACAUCGUUAUUCCCGUUCGCAAAUCCGGCCCUUGUACCGAUCUUCCUCUUUUACUUACACACUGCUCUUGGGGUCACGCUUAUUUAUAGACAGCUCUCUCAUUACAAGCCUCCAUAAUGCUCGUUUACUUCUGUUCACUCACUCUUCUUUACCCACCCGUGAGGUGGAGGCCAUGGAUCCUGCAUCGACUUCAAUCCGCACUCGGCCUGCAAAUUUUGAGAUCUCAUCACGUUCUCGAACUUCCCAAUCGUCUGCCCUUGUAUAUCAGUCAUGGCAAACGUGGGCAGGGAUACUGAAAAGACGCCCCGGACAACCGACCUCUUCUCGAUUCCAUGUGGCUGCCCCAAGCUUGUCGGGGUUGUGCCCCCUCUUGAGAACAAUAGUGCCAUCACAUAUCGAUAUUUGAGCUUCGAUACGCUCCUUCCCGAACCGGCAGACAUUAUAUUUCAUGGCGCAGCCGGAUCAUCAACAAAGCCGACGGUCCCGGACCUGUCCAAAUACACAUCUCCUCUGCAAUGGCCUCGCUCGCGCAAAUCCUUGAUGCUGGCGCUUUCGUGUAUCGCCACCUUCCUCACUGCUUAUACAGCCGGCUCGUACUCCCCGCCGUCGUAUAUCAUGGCCAGUGACCUUGGUACUUCCCAGCUUUUGGUCUUGGUGGGAAUAACAACCUUCUGCGUUGGGUUCGCUCUCUCGCCCAUGGUCCUGGCGCCAUUAUCAGAAAUAUAUGGCCGAUAUCCGGUUUUCGUCGUUUCUGGGGUAGUUUAUGUGGCCUUUCAGGCCGUCUGCUCCGUUGCACCAACCCUGGCUGUCAUGCUCAUCGCGAGAUUUCUUGUUGGCGUCGGCGGCUCCGUCUUCAGCUCCGUAAUCGGCGGUGUCAUCGCAGACCUGUGGCCAAAGGAGCAGAGAAAUACGCCUAUGGCCCUCUUCAGCGGUGCGGUGCUUGCGGGCACAGGGGCCGGCCCCUUAGUGGCGUCUCUUGUGGUGAAGCGCAUGGGUGUCGAAAAUGGGACGAUGGCCUGGAAAUGGAUCUUCUGGCAUCAGGUUAUCAUCGACACUGUACUUGUUGUUGCUCUUGCUGUCCUCUUCGAAGAGAGCCGGGGGUCGGUGAUCCUGUCAAGAAAGGCCAAGGAUCUGAACGACUGGUAUCAGGCAAGCGAAGACUCGGGUUACUAUACAAUGUGGCCUGAAGACAUGGAGGAGACCAGCGGGGACACAGACACGACUUCAGAGUCAGGCGACAUCCGAUGGUGCUCUUACUCUGGGUCGGCAAACCAUGGUUCAGCUUGCGGCUCAAGUUGGUCAUGUCCCGCGCCGUGCAGACCCAAGAGACUGCGGUGGCUAGUGAAAGAUGAUGAGAAACAAGCGUCUCUGGUAAAGCUCGUUUCCGUCUCCGUCUCGCGCCCGUUUCACUUGCUGUUCACGGAGCCCGUCGUCUUCUUCUUCUCCGUCUGGUGCGCCUUUGCGUGGGCUGUCCUCUACUGUACGUUCGGGAGCAUUCCUUUGGUGCUGUCACGUACAAGAGGCAUGGACAUUGAACAGUCGGGGUAUUUCUUCAUUGCCAUGAUAGUUGGAUCUGUGGUGGCUACUACCGUCGGCGUUUUUCAAGACAAACUGCUUCGACUGCCCCAGUGGCGGGCCGACAGCCCUCUCAAUGAGCCGUCUCGCUUUUGGCUGUUCAUGAGGCAUUGGUUCCCUGUCGAGGCGCCCGAAUCGCGACUAUAUUUCACCUGCAUCACCGCGGUCUUAUUACCAGUCGGGCUAUUCAUUUUCGGCUUUACUGCGAACCAAAGGUUCCAUUGGGUUGCUCCAGCUUUCGGUGUCGGCCUGGCAACCUGGGGUAUUUACUCGGUGUAUUUGGCCACCUUUAACUAUUUUGCUGAUGUUUACCACAUUUACGCGUCCUCCGCACUCGCUGCGCAGUCGUGUUGCCGGAACAUACUCGGCGGGGUUUUCCCACUCGUCACCGGCGCCUUGUUUCGGAAUCUUGGAGAGAAACACGCAGGUUCGCUCCUCGGCAGCAUUGCAGCUGGACUAGCUAUUAUCCCUUGGGCACUCGUGUUCUUUGGCGAGAGGAUUCGUAGGAGGAGUAAAAUUAGUCUUAAAACUAUUUAGUUAGCUAC